UUCACCACAGUGAUGGAAGUAAACAAAAUAAGUGCAGAAACUCGAGAGAAAAGAUUGGAAUUUCUCAGAGAAAUCCAGGCUUUUGAGGAUGAUAUCAAACAAAAAAUAGACGGUAUACUAGACCAGUUGGGAUGGGAUCGAGAAACUAUUAAGAAAAAUGCGGAGAAGAAAGCAAAACAAAGGAAGCCUAAAAAGGAGGAACCUGUCCAGUUUUCUGAGAAUUACCAAGAUUUCUAUGCAGGACGAAUUCCAUCCUUGACUAUUGAUGAAGAACUUCAGGGGAAAAUCAUUGAAGAUGCCAAGAAAGCCAAUCCGGGAAUGUCCCUGAAGCUUCCGGAAGGAGAUUUAAAAUCCCGUAACCUUCCCAAAAGCCCUGAAGAUGUCCUGUUCAACUUUACAAGGGAAGAGCGCCUGGCGCUUUAUGAAUAUUCCGCAGAGAAACUCAAGCAUCCUCCGGAAGAUGAAAAAUCCUAUUUACUAAAGCUUCCAGAUGAAUCAUCCAGCAAGUCCAUGACCUUCGCGGAUGUUGUAGACAUGGAGAGGCAGAUGAAGCGUCGACGAAUGAAAUACCGAACUACAAAGGAGCCCCCGCUGUCUUAUUCCGAGACAAUCAGGAAACUUAUCAACACUCAAACUGAAGCCUGGGAAAGCUAUUUGAAGCAGAAUGAGGAUCCUCCGGCUGAGCGACAUCACAAGCGGAAGCGAGAGAAGAGACACAAGAAGGAAAAGCACAAGAGGAGAAGGAGCCGCAGCUGAAUUGUAAAUAAAGCAUGUUUUUGUAAGAGAU